AUGAGCGUGACGAUUCCCUGGUGCCUGCUGCUGCUUCUCCUGGUCAGCUUCAGCUCACCUGCACCCAGGUUUUCGGAAAAAGAUAUCUGCCUCCUAGACAACAAUCAAUUAAGACAAAGGUUAAAACAGCUUCAAGACUUGCUUUACUUAUAUGAACUGCAGCUGAAGGACAUCCUGGAGAACACUUACCACAGAACAAAAAGUGGGCUGUUCUCAGGCAACAGGAGCAUGCAGCAUGAGACACUUUUACCCACAACUAGUGGAAAUUUGAUAGUCUAUGACCAAGAUUGCUCUGAGGUGCACAGUCGGAAGCAGACCCAGAGCGGGUACUACCGGCUGCGGCCCCGGGCAGACCGAGAGCCUGUCCUGGCCUACUGUGACAUGUCUGACGGCGGGGGCUGGACCGUCAUCCAGCGGCGCAGCCAUGGCAAGGAGAACUUCGACAGGAAAUGGGAUGAUUACAAACUGGGAUUUGGGAAAUUCCAGGGCAAGAACGAUGAAUACUGGCUGGGCAAUGACCACAUCUAUGACCUUCUUGCUAGAGGAGAGAGCUUGUUGAAGAUUGACCUGAUGGACUGGCGUGGGGAAAGACGUUAUGCAGUCUAUGAGAACGUCCGGCUUGCGGAUGAGCGGGACAAUUACAGGCUAUGGUUUGGCACCUACUCUGGUAACGCUGGCGACGCUCUGUCUGGGGGGAGCAAUUUUGAAGAUCAGUGGUCAGCUUCUCACAGAGGGAUGCAGUUCACCACAUCUGACAAGGAUCACGACCGAUUCCUGGCAGGCAACUGUGCCUCAGAGAACAAGGGGGGCUGGUGGUUUAACAGGUGCCAUGCUGUGAACCUGAACGGAUGGUACUACAGGACAGGAAGGUACAAGGGGUCCCACGACAAUGGCAUCGUGUGGGCUACGUGGCAUGGGGCGUGGUACUCACUGAAAUACUCAGCCAUGAAGAUCAGGGCUCCCUUCUUCCUGGACAGCUGGAGUGGAGACGGUGAGAGCAGUCCAGGCAGCUGA